CUCCUCGGGGCACAGGACAUCAGUAGCUCUCUGGAGCUCUCGAAGGAAGAAUACGAGGAUUGUCCGAAGAAGACUUCGCACGCUUCUCCGAACGAAAACCAGCGGUACAAACCAGCUACUAGGAAAACACGAGUCAAAAUGCGGCGUACGAGGUACGUUGCAUUGCCAGUACGAGCUUGGCAGUAUGUCGGCCUUUUGGUGGUAUCCCUCGCCUGCCUCACGCUAGGUCUGGUCUCCAGGGAUAAGGAAGGCCGAGCAGGAAGCCUGGCGGGACCUGAAUUAAAACAUCAAGCUCCUCACGAAGUGGAUGCCUGCCCGAACUUGAGCCCUUUCACCAAGAUGCCUUAUUGCUCGAAUUUCGAGCAAAACCAGACCACGAUUUCGAAGACGACCAAACGAUCUAGAAACUCCAGAAUUUCCCUCGUACCAACCGAUCUCAGAAUGUCCCGAUCUCGAAGCUUGGAUCGUGCCUCCCGGAUACGGUCUCAAACUCGGGCUGACUUUACGAGCACAAUGGAGAGACAGGGCAGGCAGAGAAGCAACAUCGAAUACGAUUCUAGACGUACCGUGGAAUCGAGACAUAAAAUCCAAGAUCGUACAAGACGCGUAUCUGAUUCUGCAAUCCGACUGCAGAUCGCUCGAUCGCUCGACUCCAGAACUACGCAGGAUCUUGCCGAACGAAGAUUGCUCGAAAGGUCUACCGACACCGAGAGGCGUCGUCAAGUAAAUAGGCGACUAAUCGAUUCUCAAGAACGUGAAAACCUCGUACGCUCUAUGGAACGACUGACUUCUACCACCGAUUCGCGUCGAGAAAGGAACGAACCAUCUCCGAGGAACGUGGAUAGGCGAAAUCGUAUCCAAACGACGAUCAGACGCGACUCUAGACUGGAUCGAGAUCACAGAUUUUUUACCAGAAUGGAACAACGCGAAACUACUGACGAACGACAAACCGUUGGUCGAUCGGAUCGUCGUGCGAAUGCGGGGACAAACGAACGACGACAUCCUUUCGUUACAUCGUUAAGACGUUCCGUAGACAAUUUCGAUCGAGAGAGGAACAACAGACUGAACUUGGCUCGCGAACGACGCGAAUCUUCGCCUGUCAGGGCAUCUGAAAUUACCAGCAAUUACUUAAAGGAACGACGAGUUAGGGGUUUGUCCAACGAUCGAAGAUCGGAACGUCGGUCAUUCGUGGAUUCUAGUAGAAACUCAGAAAGGCGAUCUACAUCCGUCGAAUCUGAAAACCAUGUGGAAGGUAGAACCGAUCCCAGACUCGUGGAAUGGAGAGAUAAUCGUGUCGUUCAUCAACGUGUAGAUCGUAGACUCAGCGAAGAAAGGGUUCACCGUCGUCUUGCAGACCAAACGGCUGAACGCCGACUCAUGGAACGAAGAACCGACCGACGUCUCAUGGAACAAAGAAUUGACCGACUCAUCGCGGAAAGGCGAUCCACACCCGUCGAAUCUCGAUUCCGCAAAGAAGCCAGAACCACCGAUCAACGACACAGGGAAAGACGAUCCCCGUCUAUCGAAUCCCAGAACCGUGAACAAGCUAGAGCUGACCGUCGACUUAUGGAACGUGGAACUAACCGACUGCUCGUGGAAAGGCGAUCCACACCCGUCGAAUCUCGAUUCCGCAAAGAAGCUAGAAUCACCGAUCAACGACACAGCGAAAGGCGAUCCCCGUCUAUCGAAUCCCAGAACCGUGAACAAGCUAGAGCUGACCGUCGACUUAUGGAACAAAGAAUUGACCGACUCAUCGCGGAAAGGCGAUCCACACCCGUCGAAUCUCGAUUCCGCAAAGAAGCCAGAACCACCGAUCAACGACACAGAGAAAAGCGAUCCGCAUCUAUCGAAUCUCAGAACCGUGAACAAGCUAGAGCUGACCGUCGACUUAUGGAACGUGGAACUAACCGACUGCUCGUGGAAAGGCGAUCCACACCCGUCGAAUCUCGAUUCCGCAAAGAAGCUAGAAUCACCGAUCAACGACACAGCGAAAGGCGAUCCCCGUCUAUCGAAUCCCAGAACCGUGAACAAGCUAGAGCUGACCGUCGACUUAUGGAACAAAGAAUUGACCGACUCAUCGCGGAAAGGCGAUCCACACCCGUCGAAUCUCGAUUCCGCAAAGAAGCCAGAACCACCGAUCAACGACACAGAGAAAAGCGAUCCGCAUCUAUCGAAUCUCAGAACCGUGAACAAGCUAGAGCUGACCGUCGACUUAUGGAACAAAGAAUUGACCGACUCAUCGCGGAAAGGCGAUCCACACCCGUCGAAUCUCGAUUCCGCAAAGAAGCCAGAACCACCGAUCAACGACACAGAGAAAGGCGAUCCCCGUCUGUCGAAUCCCAGAACCGUGAACAAGCUAGAGCUGACCGUCGACUUAUGGAACAAAGAAUUGACCGACUCCUCACGGAAAGGCGAUCCACACCCGUCGAAUCUCGAUUCCGCAAAGAAGUCAGAACCAUCGAUCAACGGCACAGGGAAAGACGAUCCCCGUCUAUCGAAUCCCAGAACCGUGAACAAGCUAGAGCUGACCGUCGACUUAUGGAACGUGGAACUAACCGACUGCUCGUGGAAAGGCGAUCCACACCCGUCGAAUCUCGAUUCCGCAAAGAAGCUAGAACCACCGAUCAACGACACAGCGAAAGACGAUCCCCGUCUAUCGAAUCCCAGAACCGUGAACAAGCUAGAGCUGAUCGGCAACUUGUGGGACAAAAAACCGACACACGACUCAUUGAACAAAGGGCUGAUCGACGACGACUGGCCGUGGAAAGGCGAUCCACGUCCGUUGAAUCUCGAACCCGCGGAGAGACCGGUACUGAUCGUCGACUUAUGAAACAAAGAGCUGAUCGUCAACUCGUGGAACGUCGUCUCACAGGGCAGAGAAUCGAUCGGCGAGACUUAAACUCAAGACGAUCGGUACAACAGACACUUGACACCGAUAGAUAUCAAGGAACCGGCACUAUGCUUACUCAUCUUGGACAAAGAUUUGCUGACGAAGCACGCGCAGCCCUUACAAUUUCUCCAGAUAGAUCUAUGAACGAUAUCGGACGAUCUCGCUCCGUGGAAAGGGAUAUUCGCUCUGCGGAUAGAGAUUCUGGUUCUCGAAGGCAAUCGAUCCAAGAUUCGACCGUUCUUCGAAGACGAGACCGAUCUGAACAACGGAUUUCCAGGAUCCCUGUCAACGCACGUUCCUUAACAGUACGAGAGAAAAGUCAGGCACGCGACCAUGAUUUCAUGCCCAGGAUGAAGAUUUUAGGCGCCACGGACUUCCUAAAACAACGAAACUCCAUGAAUUACACGUUUACGUUUGAAAUUAUCCGUCAGGCACUCACAAUUGGACUUUGUACGAUGUACGGAUUAUCCAUUUUCUACGGGAAACGUUCUUUCAUUAGAAACUUCGCGAGACAGGGACCGCAAUUUACUAUAUGGUAGACUCUUAUCCCAAGGAAAAACAACGAUCCGCUACUUCCAAGACCUGCUUUUAGUCAUUGUUCUAGUGUAAUUUUUUCUUCCACUAUACUAUAUCAUGUACUUGCUAUGUACUUAACGAAAAAAACUGUAUAUUGGUGUACAGCUGAUAAAAGUAACCUGCGUAGAGACAGAAAUGUGUCGCAUGUAUUUAAAAAGAUAUAUUUUAUCUGAAUAAACUGUUCAAACGAAAGUCAAA